AUCCAAGUAAAGACACCACCUCCUUUCCUCCCUCCUCCCUCAUCUAUUCUCUCCGUCAGCACUCCCUCCUCCUUUCAGUUGUCCUCACACUGCAUUUAGAUCUCCUACCUUCCUCGCAGCGAGUCUCCUCGGCUUGAUCGUUGUCUCUGCGUCACUGUGGUCGUGGGAAGGAUGCUGUCCCGCAAGCUCCUGGCUCUGCUGGGGCUCCUUGUGCUCUGCAAAGGCCAGCAGGAAAGUGAAACAGGCGAAUCUUGUGAUAACUUCACUGACCUCGACCUGACCCACUGCUUCGUGGGAACCAGCCUGUAUGUGCGACUCCUGCUCUACACUCGCUCCAACCUCGACUGUGGCCGCGAAUUGAACCACCACCACCUGUCCUCACAGCCGCUCUUCAGCCUCUCCCGUCCCACCGCUUUUGUCAUCCAUGGCUACCGGCCCACCGGCGCGCCCCCUAUCUGGAUCAACCACAUAGUCCACCUGCUAGCUGAGCAGGAGGACAUGAACAUCAUCGUGGUGGACUGGAACAAAGGGGCGGCCAACCUCAACUACUUCACUGCUGUGACUUACACCAGAGAGGCCGCUCUCAACCUGACGGGCUUCAUCAUGAUGAUGGAGGCUGAAGGAGCCUCUCUGAGCUCAGUUCACCUGAUCGGUGUCAGUCUGGGAGCUCACCUGGCUGGUUUUGUGGGAGCAAACCUGAAGGGGAAGAUUGGCCGUAUCACAGGUCUGGACCCUGCUGGACCGAUGUUCACCAGGGCCACGCCGGAGGAGAGGCUGGACCCCUCGGACGCCAUGUUUGUGGACGUCCUUCACACUGACAUGAACUCCUUUGGACUGAGAGGAGCUCAUGGUCAUAUUGACUUCUACGCCAACGGAGGCGCCGACCAGCCGGGGUGUCCCAAAACCAUCUUUUCAGGUAAAUCUUACUUUGUGUGUGACCAUCAGCGCUCCGUCUUCCUGUUCCUGUGCGCUCUGAACCGAACCUGCACCCUCACCGGUUACCCCUGCUCGUCCUACAGCGACUUCCUGGACGCCCGCUGUCUGCAGUGCGAGACCUUUAAACCGGCCUCCUGCCCCGUACUCGGUUAUGACGUCAGCCCGUGGAGGGAGACUCUGCAGCAGCUCGGACAGACCAAAGUCUUCUUCAGCACCACCGGCGCGCUGCCCUACAAGAAGCUGAUGUACAGAGUGGACAUGGUGACAUGGAACCAGUACCUGCGUUGGGGGGUCGUCUACAUCCGGCUGCACAGCGGCAGGAACGUCACAGAGGCCCGAAUAGACCAUAAGCUGCUCCGGUUUGAGCAGUACACCUCCACGCGGCUGCUGGCCCAGUUCGAUGAGGACCUGCAGCACAUCCAGAAGAUCUCCCUGCGAAUCAACACCGGCAACGUCAUCGGCCCUCGCUACAAAAUCCGGCUGCUGCGAAUCCGCUUCACGCCACUGGAGCUUCCUGAGAGGCCUUUGAUGUGCCGCUUCGACAUCAUCAUGGAGGAGAACAUAGAGGUGGCGUUUCGGCCUCUGCCCUGCGGCUCCCGCCUCUGACUUUAACACAGCCUAAUUCCCUCUUUGGAAACCCAUCCGACUCACCUGUAAUCCUAUUAGAGGACCCUCGGGCGUCCUCUGGGUGCUACAGGCUCUCCCAUCCCACCAGGCGGACCUGCGGGGGCCCCCAAAGGAGAGCUGCCAGCCUCCUCGCAGUGCUGUGGAUUACUCCUGGUUUUAACAACCAGGAGGAUGAAAGCUAAUUAAAGUUAUGUUAAGCUACAAGAAAACUGAGAUUUUUAAUGAGAUUCUGGAAGAAGCUGCUGCUGAGCUUAAUCGGUCUACGUUCACCUGCUGUGAAACUCACACUGUCCACAAGGAAAUGCAGAAUUUAUCUGGGUGUUUGAAGAGGACACAUUUGCAGAAAGGAAAAAAAAUUUAUUACUUCUUCAUAUUUUUCUAAAUGUUGUGUGUUUGUCACUGACAUCGAAUGGCAGAGACAGAAUUUACAAAGGAGCUUUUAAACAGUAUAAUGCCACAAAAUCUGGAUUCAUGGAAAGAAGCUUUCCUGUGGCACUCUCAGGUGGAGUGAUUACCUGUAAUACAACGUUUUCAUCAUUGCUUCUAAGCUUUCUGAUAUCCUGAGUUCAUAAUCACGUGGUUCUCUGCUUAAAGGUGCCCAAAGAACAUCUCCCCUUUAAAGCAUGAACCAUGAAAUAAUUGCCACACAAUUGUUUUUGGAAUUUAUUGACUAAAACUUGUGUAUUUAUUUAUUUAGUUUUUCAGGGGGGAAGAAUCCCACCGAUGAUGUAGAAAACUCCCAAAAUCUCAUUAGAUACAAUACACUGAGCGCUGAGGCGUUAAACCCACUGAAGAACUUUUUUACCUUAAAAAACUUUUUUUUUUUAUUUAACCAGCAACAGGAAAAACUGAGCCAUGUGAACCGGUGGUGAUUGGUGAAUGAUCUGGUGACCUCUUUCGCUUCUCUGUGCCUUUUUACCAGCAGCUCUCGAGCGUUUCUGUCUGAGCUCCUCACAGACCCCCUCCCGCUGCACACGUAAAGAGAGUGCUCUAAAAAGAUCCGUUUGGAGACAGAUUAUCUCUUCGCUGAAGCUGCUGCCUGAACUGUGACGCUGCCAUGACGUUUGCUCACAGCAAAACUAAGCCGCACAGUUUGUUGUGGCGCCGGAGCUCGGAGUCAUGUGAUAUGUGACUGUUUAUCCUAUAUGCUGUAGAUAUGUGUAUAUACAGUUAGAAGUAGUUGUCAACGCAGAAGAGCAUUGAGCAGGUUUUACUUUAACGUCACUAAAUGUUUCAGUGCUAAAAUCUCAGCUCUACUUUUUUAUGUAUUCUCACAUUGUUUGAAAUAAAUAACUUAUUAUAUACUUAUAUAUAAGACCAGAUGUAUUUGCUUUGACUUUGUCUUUUUGAGCCUGUAAAUGAAAUUAUGUCUGCGUAACCACGGCAACUUCCACACCAAACUGCCCCCAAGUUAAAGUUGCUGCAGAGCGUAAACCUGAAUUAAAGAACAUUUUUUAAAUGUUUUUUCCAAUAAAUCAAACUUCUUGAAGAACAA